AUGUCCUACAGUGACGUUGAGCCCUGUGUCUCCAGGGCCAAAGGGAACACACUCGGUUUGGGCCGUUCAGCUAUUAAUAACAGCAAACACCGCGCCAUGUCGCCGCUUCUCCUCGGCACUCUGCUGCUUUUAAACGGGGUGUCUUGUUCCAAGGCAGGAAACUGUGAAGUGUGCGUGGGGUUUCUUCGAGGACUUUAUGGAAGCUUGUCGUCGACCCGCAAAGAGCUGACUCCUGCUCUGGUGGAGGAAGAACUGUUCCGGGCUUGCUCUGCCGCCCGUGGCAAGGAGGCGAGGCUGUGUUACUACCUAGGAGCCAGCAGUGACGCAGCGACCCGCGUCACUGCAUCCGUGUCUCAGCCUCUGGCUUCCCACGUUCCCGUGGAGAAGAUUUGCCAGCGCCUAAGCAGCAGGGACACGCAAAUAUGUCAGCUCAAACAUGAGCCUGAGCUGAGGGAUUUGAGCAGCGAAGGCUUGAAAAAGAUGCGAGUGGUGGAGCUGAGGAAUAUUUUAGCCUCGUGGGGAGAGGAGUGCCGAGGAUGCCUGGAGAAACACGAGUUUGUCAGCCUCAUCCUGGAGAAGGCCUCGUUUCAGAGUCAUAAAGUGGAACUGUGA